AGUACCAUAUCCAACUGAUAAAUUUGAACCAAGAUAUCAGAAUAAAAAUAAAGAAAUACUAAAACAAAGACCACCACAUAGUAUACGAAAAGAUAUUCAAAGAACACUACAAGAUUUAUUAGCAAAAGUAAAUCCUACUAAUAAUCUUAAAUUGGGAGCAACAUUCAAAUUAUUAGAUGCCUCAGUCCAAACA